GCGGGCCCACCUCAUCGUCUCCUCUUCACGCGCCCCCGCUUCUCUGGAGCGACGGUUGCUUGCUCCCACUCCAACCAUGGCCGCCUCCGCUGCCCUGGUGCUGGCUCUCUACUCGCCACCGUCCCCGUCUCCUCCGCUCUCCUCGCGACCGAGAGCCCUUCGCAGCGACACUCUCCUCUCACUCCGCGCAAAGCCGCGCGCCCGCGCGCGCGUCUGCGCCGCCGCCGCCGCUUCCGGCUCCUCCAACUUCGGGAAUCAAACAUCACUGAUGCCACCGUUCAGCUUUACACUUGAUGAAGGUUCUUCUAGGUCCAAAAAGCCAUAUAGAUGGCAACGGGUACUACUUAAAGUAAGUGGGGAAGCUCUUGCUGGAGAUCACACAGAAAACAUUGACCCAAAGAUUACAAUGGCAAUUGCAAGAGAGGUCGCUUCUGUCACCAAGCUAGGUGUAGAGGUUGCUAUUGUCGUUGGUGGGGGCAAUAUCUUCCGUGGGGCCUCUUGGGCUGGAUGUAGUGGACUUGAUCGCUCAUCUGCGGAUUACAUUGGCAUGCUGGCUACUGUGAUGAAUGCUAUAUUUCUUCAAGCAACAAUGGAGAGCAUUGGAAUACCAACCCGUGUCCAAACUGCCUUCCGUAUGUCAGAGGUUGCAGAGCCAUACAUACGCCGAAGAGCCGUUAGGCAUUUAGAGAAAGGAAGGGUUGUUAUAUUUGCUGCCGGGACAGGAAACCCAUUCUUUACAACUGAUACAGCUGCUGCUCUCCGUUGUGCAGAAAUCAAUGCAGAGGUAGUGCUUAAAGCAACAAAUGUUGAUGGUGUUUACGAUGCAGACCCCAGGCAUAACCCAAAUGCUCACCUUCUUGAGACAGUGAGCUAUCAUGAAGUGACUACAAGAGAUCUCUCGGUAAUGGACAUGACUGCCAUUACACUAUGUCAGGAAAACAACAUUCCCGUUGUCGUGUUUAACUUGCAAAAGCCUGGAAACAUUGCAAAGGCUAUUGUUGGUGAGAAGGUUGGUACCUUUAUUGGAUGCACAAGAAAUGAAGAACAAAAUGGAAACACAUUGUGUGAAGAAAAAAGACUGGUUAACGAGGCAUGAGCUCAACAGCUGCGCAAGCGGUGCUCUCCCUCUUUUCUUAUUUCGUUAUGCUUAGGAGGUUUUAGGGGGUUGGGUUGGGGGUUGGUGAUAGAAUUAGAUUAGAUUAGCUACAAAAGUUCUGAUAGUUGUAGCCUUGAAAGAAGACAAUUGGAUCAAAAUUUUCCAGCCAUGUGCUGCUAUCCUAUGUACAAUAGACUCAAGGAGAUUACUUAAUAGAACUAAAUUUUUUUGCA